AUGAUGAAAGAUACUCUCUCUUUCGCACGUCUCGCACUUUUGCUCUUCGGCUUCGUCGUUAUACCUACCCAGGCUAUUGUGGGGGGUAUUGCUACAACCAACUCUAUCUCUAUCGGUGCAGUUUACACCCAAGGCCUAUUCGGCAGUCAAUAUGCCUGCGCUGGAACCUUUGUCUCUUCGAACAAAUUUCUCACGGCCGCAGAUUGUGUUUUGGGCCAUUCUCCAAGAGACAUAAGCAUUAAAUGGGGUGCUUCAAACCGCCUCAACGAACCAUCUUCAAGUCCUCCAACGUUGGUCACGAUCCACCCUGACUAUAACGAGUUGACCGGGGACGCAAAUGUGGCAGUUCUUACUCUAAAAACAUCUACAACAGGGCCCUCCCACGCGACACUGGCCAAGGAGUCUUCUAUCCAAACUGGGGAUGCUUUGACGUUAUACGGUUGGGGCCUUACCGGCCUUGAAGGCCUCUCCACUAGAUUCCCGGCAGAAUUGCACAUGGUUGAAGUGCCGGCUUUGUCAACAUCCGAAUGCCGUUCAGAAGGAAUUGAUAUAGGUGCCGGGCAAUUUUGCGAUCAGUCAGAUUCUGGCAAAGGAUUUUGUAUCGGCGAUCAUGGCGGACCGGUGGUGGAUUCAUCUGGAACGGUUGUUGGUAUUAUAUCCGGCCGGGAAAAUUGUGGGCUUGCCCUCUGA